AUGAAGCAGGCUUUCAGAGGGGAAUGGAGGAGGCGAUUCCAGAGCAGAGGGUCCCAGAGGCAACUCAAUGGAGCAGAAGCCAGUGCGGGGAUGCAGUCUAGAGCGGAGGCUGGCAAGGGGAGGGAGUCCCGGAGCAGAGGCUGGCGCAGGAAAGGAGUCCCGAAGCAGAGGACAGCACAGGGAGGGAGUCCCAAAGCAGAGGACAGCACAGGGAGGGAGUCCCGGAGCAGAGGACAGCGCGGGGAGGGAGUCCCAGAGCAGAGGACAGCGCAGGGAGUGAGUCCCGGAGCAGAGGACAGCGCCGGGAGUCCACUGAGGUUCAUCUCGCAGACGAAGUCAGUUUCUGCUUAUGCAGGAGACAUUGCCCUACUGAAAUGUGAAGUUAUCGGUGAACCCAUGCCUUCCAUUCACUGGCAGAAAAACCACAAUGAUCUGAAGUUAAGUGCUGAGGACACCCGUGUGUCUGUUCUCCCCUCUGGAUCAUUGGUAAUCAGUAAGCUUCAGGCAGAAGAUAGAGGGUCCUACCGUUGCCUGGCAGAAAAUCCUGGAAGCUCAAGGACUGGAAAUGAUGCUGAGCUUUACGUUUUGUCUGAAGCUGGCGUACCCAGACAAUUAAUGUUCAUUCAGCGACCCUUGAACACAGCUGUCCUGGAAGGAAGAAACACAGUUAUGGAAUGUUGUGUGUCUGGAUUCCCAACUCCUACAGUCACAUGGAAGAAAGGGGACGAGCCUCUUCAGACCAGGUCCGGAAAGUACUCAAUGCUGGCUGGAAGUAACUUGCUCAUCAAAAGCGUAACUCAGCAAGAUGCCGGGCUUUACACAUGUUUUGCCAGCUCUGAGAAUAAGACAGUCGGUGCGUCAGCGGAACUCACUGUGAUGGUUCCUCCAAACUUCCUAAAGCGUCCUUCCAACCUCUAUGCUUAUGAGAGUAUGGACAUUGAGUUUGAAUGUGCAGUUAGUGGGAAGCCAGUCCCUACUGUGAGAUGGAUAAAGAAUGGAGAAGUGGUGAUUCCCAGUGAUUACUUUCAGAUUGUGAGUGGCAGCAAUCUCCGGGUAUUGGGCCUGGUGAAGUCAGAUGAGGGUUUUUAUCAGUGUGUGGCAGAGAAUGAUGCUGGGAAUGCGCAGACCAGUGGACAGCUAAUCAUCCCGGAGCCCGCCUUACCAAACUCUGGUGCCCUUCCCUCUGCCCCUCGGGAUGUGGUCCCUGUUCUCGUCUCCAGCCGUUUUGUCCGACUCAGCUGGCGUCCACCCGCGGAAACACAUGGAAGUAUUCAGACGUACACAGUCUACUUCACCAGGGAAAGUGUUAACAGGGAGCGUGCAUUGAAUACCUCCCAAUAUGGAGACCUGCAGCUUACCAUUGGAAAUUUGAAACCAGAAGAAACCUAUUUGUUCAGGAUCGUAGCCUACAAUGAUUUUGGACCAGGGCAAAGUUCACAACCGAUUAAAGUAUCUACUCAGCCCGAGCGUCUGGACAAAGGAGGUCAUUACAGUUUUCAAGUUGCUGCCAUGACUGUGAAUGGAACAGGGCCAGCAUCUGAGUGGUUCACGGUGGAAACACCUGAGAAUGAUUUAGACGAAUCCCAGGUUCCUGACCAGCCAAGUUCUCUUCAUGUCAGACCCCUGACUACAAGCAUUGUCAUGAGUUGGACGCCACCUUUAAACCCAAACAUAGCGGUCAGGGGUUACAUCAUUGGUUAUGGAGUGGGCAGUCCCUAUGCUGAGACAGUGCAGGUUGACAGCAAGCAACGCUAUUUUUCCAUAGAAAAUCUAGAGCCAAGCUCCCAUUAUGUAAUUUCUUUGAAGGCCUUUAACAAUGCAGGGCAGGGGGUCCCUCUGUAUGAGAGUGCCACCACCAGGGCAUUGUCAGACCCUGUUGACCCUUUAGAUGUUGAUUUGUUUCAUUUGUUUGGUGAUCUUCCUACCUCGAUCCCAGAUGCCUCCACCCCCAUGUUACCACCUGUAGGUGUGCAAGCAGUUGCAGUCAGUCACGACUCUGUCAGGGUCAGCUGGGCAGAUAAUUCUGUGCCUAAAAACCAGAAGUUGACAACAGAUGGACGUUUUUAUACAGUUCGAUGGAGGACAAGCUAUUCUGCCAAUGCCAAGUACAAGUCUGUAGAUGCAACAGCUUUGAGUCAUACUGUGACAAGCCUCAAACCUAACACCAUGUAUGAGUUUUCAAUCAUGGUAACCAAAGGGCGGAGGUCAAGCACAUGGAGUAUGACUGCACAUGCUACAACAUAUGAAGCUGCUCCCACUUCAGCCCCAAAGGACCUGACUGUGAUUAACAGAGAAGGAAAACCUCGAGCUGUCAUCAUUAGCUGGCAACCGCCAAUGGAGGCCAAUGGAAAAAUCACUGGCUAUUUUUUGUUUUAUACUGUAGAGAAGAAUGCACCCAUUGAUGAAUGGACAAUGGACUCAGUGAGUGGCGAUAGAUUAACCCAUCAGAUUCUGGAUCUCAAUUUGGACACAAUGUAUUACUUCCGGAUUCAAGGACGAAAUGCCAAAGGCUUGGGACCCGUGUCUGAACCUAUUCUGUUCAAAACACCAAAAGUUGAACACCCUGACAAAAUGGCUAAUGACCAAGGUAGGAGUGUACAUGGAGAUGGAGCAUUUUGGCCAGCGGACACCAACCUAAUUGACCGGAGCAGCUUAAAUGAGCCUCCAAUUGGCCAGAUGCAUCCGCCUCAUGGCAGUGUGACUCCUCAAAAGAAUGGUAAUCUGUUGGUGAUCAUCAUGGUCUCCAUUGGUGUAGUUACAGUUGCAGUGGUCAUUGUUGUAGCCGUUAUCUGCACCCGUCGAUCUUCAGCACAGCAAAGAAAAAAGCGGGCAGCACACAGUGGUGGCAAACGGAAGGGCAGCCAAAAAGACUUGAGGCCACCAGACCUUUGGAUACAUCAUGAAGAAAUGGAGAUGAAAAAUAUUGAGAAGCCCUCGGGCACAGAUCCAUCUGUAAGAGAUUCACCCAUGCAGCAAAGCUGCCAAGAUAUAACUCCUGUCAGUCACAGCCACUCAGAGAACCAGCUAACUAGCAAAAGUGGCUCACAUUCAGGUCAUGAUCCUGACGAGGUUGGAAGUAGUAUGUCCACACUGGAACGUUCUCUAGGAGCACGAAGGGGAACACGACCAAAGCUGAUGAUUCCCAUGGAUUCACAGCCCACCAAUCCACCUGUGGUAAGUGCAAUUCCUGUUCCAACACUGGAGAGUGCCCAAUACCCUGGCAUCCUGCCAUCUCCGACAUGUGGAUAUCCUCACCCACAGUUUCCAUUGCGUACCAUGCCAUUCCCCACACUGACUGUCGAUCGUGGAUUUGGCUCAGCCAUGCCUGAGGCUCAAACAUCGCACCUUCAGCAGCCAGCUGUGUUAAGCCAGACACAGCCUGAGCACCCAUCGGGAGAGGAGGCUCCGAGCAGAACGAUUCCCACAGCCUGUGUCCGACCCACUCACCCGCUGCGCAGCUUUGCAAACCCCAUGCUACCUCCUCCUAUGACUGCACUGGAGCCCAAAGUUCCUUACACGCCUCUUCUCACCCAAACAGGUUCUAAUCUUACGCUGAGUCAUGGUAAGACGGCCUCACUGGGACUGGCUGGUAAAGCGAGAUCUCCGCUGCUUCCUGUUUCCGUCCCAACAGCCCCAGAGGUCACAGAGGAGAGCCACAGGACAGAGGAUCAUUCUAAUGUGUAUGAGCAAGAUGACUUGAGUGAGCAAAUGGCCAGUCUGGAGGGCCUAAUGAAGCAGCUGAAUGCCAUCACAGGUUCGGCAUUCUAACCAACACCAACAUCUGCUAGAGACAAAUCAACCAGGAGCCAGGCGCUAUGCCAGUAUUUACCUACUGACCUUGGGACACCUAAUGUGCCCCCUUCUUCAGCAACUUACAGUUCAAACAAGAAAAUUCCUCAAAAGGACAUUGUUCUGUUGGCAACUAUUCCAUUGUUCAUCUGUAUAUAUACACUGUUUUAGAGUAACGCGCUGGAGUUUUGUU